GUAGCUCAUUUUAUGCUCUUGCAGCGACAUCCCCGUAUCCUUGUUUCCAAACUCUUACUAAGUUAAUUGUUUGCUUGUUUUCUUCUCUUUAGAGGCGCUCAAUCUAACCGACGCAAAAGCUUUUGUCUAAUUAAGGCGUGUUUAUUAUUUAUACGGUCUUCCACAGCGCCCUCUCAUUCUAUUAACACAAACCUCUUUAACCUCACCAGUUACGAUGGAUUUCGGUGUCGGAAAGUCACAGGGAACCUCUGACACAAGGGACUGUGAGCUGAAACAUUCAGAUCUCAAAGGCAUCGGCGAGAGGACCGCAGAUGCAGAGGCUCAGAGACCCACAUGGAGCGGCCGGCUGGAGUUCAUCCUGGCUACGGUGGGUUACGCCGUGGGACUCGGCAACGUCUGGAGAUUUCCGUACCUGUGCUACAACAGCGGUGGAGGUGCCUUCAUGAUUCCUUAUCUUACCAUGGUGCUCCUGUGUGGCAUUCCUCUGCUCUUCAUGGAGUUCACUAUAGGGCAGUAUACUCGUUUAGGGCCGGUGCAUGCUUUCACCAAAAUCUGCCCCUUGUUGAAAGGUGUUGGUCUGGCCACAGUUGUUAUCUCCUUUGUUGUCUCCACGUACUACAACGUGCUCAUAAGCUGGGCACUUUACUAUUUGUUCAACUCAUUCGGAGUGGAGACCCUGCCCUGGAAGUCCUGCAACAACACUUGGAAUGCCGUUGGAAACUGUUCCAGUGGCUUUCCUGGCAACAACACCCACCUACAGUCUGCCAGCCAACAAUUCUUUGAUUCACAGACUUCUGAAAAGACCAGUGGCAUUGAAGAAUUAGGUGGUCUUUGCUGGGAACUCUUUGGCUGUCUUCUCUUUGCCUGGGUUAUUGUAUACUUAUGUAUAUUUAAAGGAGUCAAAUCCACAGGAAAGGUGGUAUAUUUCACUGCUGUGUUUCCAUACUUCAUUCUGUUUGCCCUGCUCAUAAAUAAUGUGCAGCUUCCUGGAGCUAAGAAUGGUAUCCUCUAUUUUGUGACACCUGUCUGGAGCAAACUGUUUGAAGUGAAGGUUUGGCUUAAUGCAGCUUCCCAGGUGUUUAACUCCCUCGGAAUAGCAUUUGGCUCCAUGAUUUCAAUGGCUAGUUACAACAAGUUCAACAACAACAUUUGCAGGGAUGCACUGAUUGUGUCAUUGACCAACUCUUUCACUAGUAUCCUGGCUGGGUUUGUGAUCUUCUCAGCAGUCGGUUACAUGUCUCAUAUACAUAACCUCCCAGUGGAAAACAUAGCUACAGAUGGUGAGUCCUGGUUGGUGUUUGUUGUGUACCCUGAAGUCCUUUCCACCAUGCCCCUCUUUCAGCUGUGGGCCCCACUUUUCUUUAUCAUGCUGUUGUGUCUGGGCCUGGACAGUCAGUUUGCCACAGUUGAGGUAGCUGUGACAUUCAUAAAGGAUGAAUUUGGAGGCAAAGUUCUGCCUUUACUGAAGAGAGAAGAGCUGCUAGCCCUGGCUGUGUGCAUUGUCUGCUUUGCACUGGGGAUUCCUCACAUUACUAAGGGUGGUAUCUAUGUGUUUCAGCUGAUGGACUACUACACUGCUGUGGUUUCCCUCAUGUUCCUGGCUUUAUUUGAGAUUGUUGCCGUUUGCUGGAUCUUUGGCAUCCCGCGUAUCUCCUUAAUGAUCAAGAAGAUGCAAGGAAAAAGUCCAAACAUCUACUUCCGUCUCUGUUGGCUGCUGCUCUGCCCUAUGUUGGUGUUGUGCAUACUGAUCUCCAGCAUUAUUCAAUACACCCCUCCUCACUAUGGAAAGUACAUGUACCCAGUGUGGGCUGAAUGGGUGGGCUGGGGCAUCUCUUUGGUCUCUAUAAUAUGGAUCCCAUUUGGUGCAAUGCAAGAAAUCUAUAACAAUAAAGGACCCUUUCUUCAGAGACUGAAGACAGCUAUGACUCCAACAAUAGACCUGGAUGUUGUGGAUCAGCUACAGGAAAAACAAAACCUUGACACGCUGGCAUCUGAAAAAUUACUCAAUUUAGUACCGUGACCCGUGAUAUAGUGAUCACAUACAAAGCCUUGAAUAAAUAGACUUUUCAUUUCUAUCAUAAUCCCUGUUACUGUAUAUCCAAAGAGCUAUCGUUAUUGUUAGCCUUUUGGGUCACUACAUCUAUAAACCAAAUACUUUUAAAUCCACAAAUGAAAUGCACUUGAAAAGGCUUGGUUCAUUUAAACGUUAGCUUAUUGUUUUUGUUUUCACAGUGAUAGCAUGGCCAAUAAAUAGAAGGCCUGGGCAUUGUAUGACCCGCAGGCCAGAUCCAUCCCUUUGCCUGUGUGAGGUCAGUGGGAAAUUAGGAUUCAAAAAUAAGCAUACAUCAUGCAAUUUGUCCCAUUUCAGCCACCAAACACUCUAUGAUAAACAAAUAGCUUGCUAUUUUUUUUCUUUUCUUCAAAAUUCAUGUACGUACGUGUGUGCAAGCAAAUGCAGCUUUACACAUCCAGGGAUGGAGCAAUCAAGACCAGCUUUGUGAUUUCUGAAAACACAGAAUAUAGGGAACUUAACAAGAGCUCAUAGAGAACAAACUGUAAUCAAGACUCAAAGCCUAAUGGGAACUGAGAGCAAGAAAAUGCAUGAAAAUACAGUCAACACCAGGAACUAAGAUCCCACAGAGGCUAAUGAAUAAAAGGAAAUCAAACCCUGAGGAACAACUAGACUACAAAUAGCAACUACAACUAAGCACUAGAGAUAAAUACUAAGGAAAAACACAAAGCUAAAUUACAAACAAUAAACACACAGGGAAUCAAACUGAAUAUAUUUAAUGAGUCCAAGAGCUCAAAAAUCUUGGGUCUAAGACCCAGGACCAUGAAACUCUCACUGGGUAAUGCUAAUUAGAUAGUGAUAAAUGUCAGCAUGCCAGUUUCACAUUUUCAUUGUUUAAUUGUAACAUCUACUCUUUUUAGCAGCAGUUUAUAAAGAGAUAAAAAAAAUUACUACUGAGCAGAAAUGAGUUCAGCUUCUUGGUGCGGCACACCACAACAGUCCCAAUUUCUCAUGUGGCCCCUUGGGAAAACACCCCUGCUCUAAAGGAUAAGCUGGUCUAACUGCAGAUGGAAAGAUGGAUAAUUUUUUAUAACAAAACUGAACUCACAAGAGUUUAGAGAUUAUAGGUGGAGCCUUUGAUCUAGCGCUUUAAAGCUGAAUUGGGCUAAUAAGGGUGGAUUAUCUUCAUUAGAGCAACAUUUAUUUGUUAACUUUUCAUUUUGAUUGUGUUUUGACCCCAAACCUGCCAUUAAUCUCUGGUUUUCUUUCAAAGCCUUGAAAUAGAAAUGAAAACGUUUCCUUUGGUAGAAAAGCCAUUUAUUUUAACAAAAGAUUUACCUUUAAGAUUGCACUGUGGUGGAAAGUAAUGCUUUUAAUGGUUGACCCUGCGUCUCUAGGGCAAAGUCUAAAUUUAGUGGGUCAAAUGGGUUCAGUCGUUGUGGGAACAAUCUUUGAUUUAACUCUGUGAGUACUCAGUCAUAACCUAAAGAAAAGCAAAAAGGGUUUUAUGUGGAAUUGUUUUGUUUUUUUUAUGUCUGUCAGAUAUAAUGUUUACUUUUUGUUCCCUGAUUGCCAAGCUUUGGGAGACCAAUUAUCAUAACUGGUAAUUACCAGUCAUUACUGGUAAUGACUGGGGUAUUACAGGGUUAAUAUUUUUGUGUAAAAAAAAACUGAUAGAAAUUAAUAGGGAAAAUAUAUGUGUCAAUUUUGCUCUCAUGGUGUCAUAUGAGAUUAGUUAAAUGUUUGUGCUGCACAGUACAUCCUUGGCCUUUUCUGAAUUUAUAGAUAGAUAUUCAGAGUGUCUUUUAGACCAAAUCUAUAAUGAAUAUAUGAUCACAGACCAUUUGAACUGACAUUAAACUGGUGCAAAGAAGAUUAUAAAAGUUUUAUCAGUAGUUCUGAAACUUGAUGUCACCUUAUGUGCCUUUGUGUGCUGUAUUUUUAUGUAAUCUUGUCAUGAUCCUGGGCCGUUGGCCUGGUGCGUUAGUUCCUUUUUGGAGUAUUUUUCAGGUUUUGUUUCUUAGUUUUUCUCACUGUUUAGGUUCUCAGUGUGUU